AUGUCAUACGAGGACGGAAAAAUCCUAGGCCCAACGCAAAAUGGCGAACGCUACGAACUCACCAGCCCCACGGCUUUGCCGAAAGCAGGUGGCUUCCUCUGGAAUCAGAAGAUGAUGAUCCAGGCGACGUGUCGGGGUUACGCGACAGCGCAGUUCAUGCAGCCUGAGCCGGCCAAGUACUCGCACGCGCCCAACAUCGAGGCUAGGACUUUCAUGCAGCCUGAGCAGAACUAUUAUGCACACCAUCCGGGGCGAUUCGUCUAUGUCAAGGAUGAGGAGACCGGAGAGUUUUUCUCGGCGCCGUAUGAACCGGUUCGCGCACCGUUGGAGAAGUUCGUCUUCUCGGUGGGCAAGAGCAAUAUUUCUUGGACGGCGGAGCAUCUAGGAAUUAGAGUGGAGAUGAUUUUGGGGUUGCCUACGGAUGAUGUGUCGGAGUUGUGGACGGUCAAAGUUACGAAUGUGUCGGGAGAGCCGAGGAAGAUCAGCAUGUAUCCCUAUUUCACUAUUGGCUACAUGUCGUGGAUGAAUCAGGGUGCAGACUACAGGGAAGACCUGGGUGGUGUGGUUGGGAGCAGCAUAACUCCCUACCAGAAAGCUGACGAUUAUUACAAGAACAAGUAUCUAAAGGACAAGACGUACCUCCUCUGCGAAACACUGCCGGAUUCAUGGGAGACAAAUCAGGACGCAUUUGAAGGAGAGGGUGGGUUGCAUGCACCGUCUGCAAUACUGGAGCUAGAGCUGAAAAGGGGCGACGCACGGUACGAGACACCCACGGCUGUAGUGCAAUAUCGCGUCUCUUUGAAAGCGAAUGAAGAACGGGAAUACCGCUUCCUCUUCGGCCCAGCUUUCGAUGACGCAGAAAUUCUCACGAUGCGAAGUAAAUACCUAAGCAAGGAAGCCUUCGCAAAAACCGCCUCUGAGUACGCAGAGUACAUGUCCCAAGGCCGCGGUUGUCUCCAGAUCGAAUCCCCGGACAAAGAACUAAAUAAUUUGGUCAACAGCUGGCUCCCACGCCAAGUCUACUACCACGGCGACGUGAACCGCCUGACAACCGACCCUCAAACGCGCAACUACAUGCAGGACAACAUGGGUAUGAGCUACAUCAAACCCUCCGUAACUCGGCAAGCGCUCGUCCGCGCCCUCUCCCAACAGGAACCCACCGGCGCCAUGCCAGACGGGAUCCUGCUCAUCGAGGGCGCGGAGCUGAAAUAUAUUAAUCAGAUUCCGCACACGGAUCAUUGUGUUUGGUUGCCUGUAGCGUUGGAUAUCUACCUUUCCGAAACGGCCGACUACGCGCUCCUGGAGGAGAAAGUCCCCAGUAAAAAUGGAGAUGAGUACACGGUGCUGGAGCGCUUCAGCCGCGCAAUGGAUUGGCUUCUCUCUUCUAAUUCCCGUGACGAAAGGGGGCUAAGCUACAUUGCCUCAGGCGACUGGUGCGACCCCAUGAACAUGGUCGGCCCAAAAGGGCGCGGUAUAUCAGGUUGGUUGACCGUCGCAACGGGGUACGCCCUCAAUGUCUGGUCCUCCAUCUGCGAACAAAGCAGCAAGUUCGACCUAGCAACAAAUUACCGCGAUGGCGCGAAGCAGGUCAACGAAGCGGCUAACAGACAUCUCUGGGACGGCGACUGGUUCGCGCGCGGCAUCACGGACGACGGGGUGAAAUUCGGGAUUAAAGAUGAUCCCGAGGGACGCAUUUGGUUGAAUCCACAAGCGUGGUCUAUCCUCGGUGGAGCGGUUAGUCCGGAGCAGAGGAAAAAGGUGAUGAAGCAAGUUGACGAACACCUGAGCACCCCCUACGGCGUGCUUAUGUUCGCGCCUCCUUUCUCAGGGAUGCGCGAGGAUAUCGGUCGGGUAACGCAGAAGUUCCCUGGUCAAGGCGAGAACGGGAGUGUGUAUAACCACGCGGUCGUAUUUUACAUCUGGGCGCUGUACAGCGUUGGCGGGGAAGCAGAAGCGGAUAGGGCGUAUGGGUUGUUGAGACAGAUGGUGCCUGGCCCGCAGGAGGAGGAUUAUGUGCAGAGGGGGCAGUUGCCAGUGUAUAUACCGAAUUACUAUCGUGGGGGUUGGAAGGAGUUUCCGAGGACGGCGGGGAGAUCUAGUCAGUUGUUUAAUACGGGGACGGUGGGGUGGGCGUAUAGGUGUUUGGUGGAGGGAUUGUGUGGGUUGAGGGGUGUGAAGGAGGGUUUGAGAGUGUGGCCACAGUUGCCGGGGGAUUGGGAGGGGAUGAGGGUUACUAGGUUAUUUAGGGGGGCGAGGUUUGAGGUCGAUGUGAAGAGGGGGGAUGUCGAGAGGGUCGAGGUGAAAGUUGAUGGGAAGAUUGUGCCAGAAGGGCUUGUGAAGGGAGUACAAAAAGGGGAGACGUAUAAGGUGGAAGUAGUCGUGCCAAGGAGAGGGUAG